CUCUCAUUCAAUGCUAUAAUGAACUGAAAUAAUGAGGAAAUGAAUGAUUAGUUAAUUGACUGCCAAUUGAGUGACAACUGAAUCCAUCGGCUCUUCGAGUCACACAAUGUCCACCACUUAGUCAUCGAUCGCUAAUUAUGGCCAAAAGUGACACCAGAAUUGGUUUGUUGUCCGUCAAUGAGAACCACCAGAAGAUGAGGAUUAUCGUCAACACUAAGCAACUGAUCAUUGAGGAGAACUGUCACACCAGUGACCACAACGUGGACAAUGUCUCGCAUGCGGACCACAGUGACGAUCAGGUCGGUGUCCGACAAUUGUCUCAAUUGUCUCAUUACAGCAAUGAUUGA